AUGGUGACAGCUACAAAGACCAAUGGUUCCAUUGGAUCUCCCAGUGCAGGUGCCAAAGAAGCUAACAAUACCAGGUUUCGACACCGUAAAAUCUCGGUCAAACAGCGACUCCAAGUUUACCAUGCGUCGGACCUACGAAAACUUGACAAAGAUGAGCUGCAGCAACGAGAACUCGUCGAGAUCGAAACCGGAGUGGACAAAAACGAAGAGAAAGAGGAGCAUUUGCAUCGCAUUUUACAGAAAAAUCAGCUAGCUCGCACCGAACUUUAUAUUCCUACACCCGAUGCAUCCCGUACAUGGCCCGAAUAUGCACUUUUUUACCAAGGAACGUUCACAGAGCCUCAAAGCUACAUCAGGUUCUCCGCUACCGUCGAGGAUUGUUGUGGGAACAGCUACAACAUAGAUGAGCGCGAUGAAGAGUUUCUUAACUCCACGUUUGGAACAACCACAAAUUCGAAACCCGAACUUUCCGAAAACGAGUUCGAACUUUUGUGCAGCAGUUUCGAGACCGCUAUUCACGAGAGACAACCGUUUCUUAGCAUUGACCCCGAAAACAUUUUAACGCUCGAGGAAAUUAAACCGACCAUCCUGCAACGUGACCUUGGCGAUGCGGGCAUCAAAAACCAUUUGGCCAAAGAAAUUGGACUACAAUCACCACAUCGUUUUGCAACUCAGUUUGAUACCCCCAGUAGUCAAGACUGUCGCUCUUUGCAGAUUUUAGUGGAGAAAUAUGGCUCUCAAGUUUACCAGCACUGGAAAACUCGAAAAAUUGAAGCCCAUGGUAACGAAAUCAGUCCACAACUCAAGUUUGAAAAACAUGGCGGGGAACGCGAUGAAAAUGAUCCGUACGUGUGUUUCCGCAGACGUGAGGUACGACAGGCCCGUAAGACCAGAAGAAUUGACUAUCAAAAUAGUCACAAAUUGCGACUUUUACAACAACAGUUACAAUACACCAAGAAACUCGCGUUGCUGGUUGCAAAAAGAGAGCAAACCACAUUGGACAUAUUGGACCAGGAUCUAAGAGUGCUCGAAUUACGCCGUGACAUUAAACCCGUAAAACGUGCAUUGGGUAUCAAGGGCGAAGAUGAUAAUCUACUGGUUGAUACUAAGAAACGGAAACUUGUCAGCAAAGUUAUUUUGAGCACUCCGGUCGAAACCACGUCUAAGAAAACGAAAGGUAAACUUAAGAAAACUCCAGCGGAUUCCACAAGUUCCAAGCAUGCCGCUUCGAAAACCAGUAAACAAAGCCAGCAGGCCCAACCGCCCAAUCAGCAAUCCGCACAACAGCAAUUGCAGCAGAAAAAUUUACAGCAAGCACACCAACAGCAGCAGCAGCAGCUGCAACAACAACAGCAAGCGCACGCCUCUCAGCAACAGAAACAACAAGCCAAUUCUGUGGCUGCUCAUGUCUAUGUCAAACUUCCUAGUUCCAAGAUCCCGGAUAUCUUACUGGAGGACGUGGACAAUCUGCUGGUUUCCAAGGAGAAAAGUGCCAAAAACUAUGUGGAAGAAAGGAUGCGUAACCGUAGACUCGAAGACGGUGACUUGUUUUUCAACCUGACCGAUGAUCCUUACAACCCGGUUUUUGACAUCACCGUUCCUGCAAACGUUUCUGCCAGCAACGCGCCAUUUUCGUCAAUUGCAUCUUCCAAGUUCGAGGCCCAAAGAUCCUACUACGUGCCAAAGCUGGAAGACUAUCUGAGUGGAACUUCUAAGGAUGUCACUAUAGUCGGUAAAGAAGGCGAUAUUGUGAGCAAUCCUAAAAUCUCCAGGAUCGAGCGGUUCAAUCCUUUCCAAGACGACAGCGAGGUUUACACACGGGAACUGCCCUUCAAGCUUCGAAGACGCGUGGGCCGUUUGGGGAUCGAAUAUAUCGAUAUGCUCAAGCCGCGCGACAGUUUCACACCCGUCAGCGAGUUUAUGGAUCUUUCAGAGAUCGAUGCUCAAGAGCGUAAUAAUGACGUUGUAGACGUUUACGACUCCAAACUGGACGCACUCACCAGACUGCACGACCGAUGGAAACACGAGUCCGACCACAACAGCUACGGUGCCUAUUUUUCGCACGAGCCAGCGCGACUCAACCAGAUUUCCAACGAAACGCAAACCAUCCGUUUCGGGACUAUGCUGGGGAGCAAAUCGUACGAGCAGCUGCGCGAUGCCACUUUCAAAUACCGCCAAGACGUGUACAGUCAACGUCGGGUUCACAAGGGCUUUGCCUCUCCGAAACACCAUGCCAAAAUGAACAACAAUUCUUCUUCUCCUACUGCGUCGUCGUCUUCUGCGUCGUCCACACUGAAAAAGAGCACAACUGCCAAUGCAGCGGCAGCUGCAAAACAGCAACAGCACAUCACAUCUGUGAACUAG